UCCGGGGUCCCACCCGCCCGCUCACCACCCAGCAAUCCAGACAUCUCGGGGCACCGUCCCUCCAGCUCCACGCCCCAUGCCGGGUCCUCUGCGGGGGUGACCUGCGGCUGCCUGGGGCCCAGAGCGGAGGCGGGCCAAGCUAAGGGCCAGCCCCGUCGACCCCCCUCCCCUUGAUGGACCCGCCCCGGAGCGGUGCUGGAGAGUGGGGCGGGGCCGGGGUCAGUCUCAGCCUCCGGCACCGGCCGCGCAGCUGGAGGCGGUGGAGCAGAAGGUACCGGGGCCCCAGCUGUUUCAGCCAUGGCUGCAAUCCGAAAGAAGCUGGUGAUUGUGGGUGAUGGUGCCUGUGGGAAGACCUGCCUCCUCAUUGUCUUCAGCAAAGAUCAGUUUCCAGAGGUCUACGUCCCUACCGUCUUUGAGAACUACAUAGCCGACAUUGAAGUGGAUGGCAAGCAGGUGGAGCUGGCUCUGUGGGACACAGCAGGGCAAGAAGACUAUGAUCGCCUGCGGCCUCUCUCUUACCCGGACACUGACGUCAUCCUCAUGUGUUUCUCCAUUGACAGUCCUGACAGCCUGGAAAACAUUCCUGAGAAGUGGACUCCAGAGGUGAAGCACUUUUGUCCCAAUGUGCCCAUCAUCCUAGUGGGGAAUAAAAAGGACCUGAGGCAAGAUGAGCAUACCAGGAGAGAGCUGGCAAAGAUGAAACAGGAGCCCGUCCGAUCUGAGGAAGGCCGGGAUAUGGCCAACAGGAUCAGCGCCUUUGGCUACCUUGAGUGUUCAGCCAAGACUAAGGAAGGGGUGCGGGAGGUAUUUGAGAUGGCCACUCGGGCCGGCCUACAAGUCCGAAAGAAUAAGCGCCGGAGGGGCUGUCCCAUUCUCUGAAUUCCCCAAAGCCUCCCCAACCCUCCCACCCUUCCCUUCACAGGGGUACAAUUUACCCUCCCCCACUCCAUCCUUGUAGGACUUCAUGCUGCCUGUUUCUAUUUUGGUUCCUUUCUGCCCAGGACUGCAUGAGUUUCCCCAGCCCCAAGUGGGGGCUGCUGGGCCCUUCCUCCCUGCCUCUGGGAACCGGGCUGGUGCCCUGCCUUUCCUGAGCAGGGCUCCUCCAUCCGAUGCGUUGGUCCAGGGGUGGGGCUCUUAGUCCCUUUGGCCUUCCCCGUAUUACACACCAGCACUUUAUAUAUUUUUGGCUCACAGGAGGAGUCUAGGGUAGGGACUGGGGUUUCUGCUUUGGGUAGUAGCCUUGUAUUUGACUUUACUUGGUGGGAGGGCAGGACAUGAAUAAAGGUCAAAGGUUGCACCAUG